CAGUCGGGCACCUACCUGUCAUCUGAACUUGGUGGUUGAGGCUGGGGGGCAAAAAACUCAUUGAAACCUGAAAGCGAUCAGUCCUCCUCUGCAUCCCUCUGUCUCCCCUUACCUUCUCUUCAAACUUCAAACCUUCAACCCCAACCAUGCUUUUUUCCUGGGGCUAUCUUACUUUUUACAUCCAAUCCCCAUUCAGGUGCCGCGUACAGAACCGCUCCUGUAAUGGGACUCCCGAACAUUUUCAAAGUUCUCGCAGCAAAUAACAGCUGUAGUCCAGCUUCAUCGAACCCAGCUGGCGAAAAUCUUCUCCAGAAACGCAACGCCCAACGAAAUGGAUUUGAAAGUUCAGCGUUUUUCCUUUUUCGGCAUUUUUUAUCUGGAAAGAAAAUUGAUGGCGGGUCGCGGACAGAAGAAGAAGAGAAGGUUUAUGCUUGGUUAUAUACCUUGGCUCAAUCGGAAAAGGACAUUGUGUUUGAGUAUGUCCGAUCCACUGAAAGGGGCUUGAGUUUCACUGAAGCUGACAGGAGAUUGAAGGAAAAUGGCCCAAAUAUUCCUCACGAUUAUACUUUUCCAAAGUGGUGGCAUCUUCUGUGGAGUGCCUUCUUUCACCCUUUCAAUAUUAUUCUGCUUGUCCUAUCAUUCCUCUCAUUCUUAGCAGUGGACAGUCCCAAUGGAUGCAUCAUGCUGGUAUUGGUAUUUAUAAGUGUCUCCCUCCGAUUUUAUCAGGAGUAUAGUAGUUCAAAAGCGGCAAUGAAGCUCUCAGAAUUCUUAAGAUGCCCAGUUAAAGUUCAAAGGUGUGCAGGCAAGGUUGUUCAGACUGAAUUAUUGGUUCAAGUUGACCAAAGAGAUAUUGUUCCUGGUGAUAUUAUCGUGUUUGAACCUGGUGACCUUUUUCCUGGUGAUGUGAGGCUACUAACUUCAAAACAACUGUGUGUAAGUCAGUCCUCAUUAACAGGGGAGUUUGGAAUGACUGAGAAAACAGCUGACAUAAGAGAAGAUCAGAGCACGCCUUUGCUAGAGUUGAAGAAUAUAUGCUUCAUGGGGACAAGUGUAAUAUCAGGCAGUGGAACAGGUUUAGUUGUUUCCACUGGGUCAAAGACUUACAUGAGUACCAUGUUCUCGAAUGUGAGGAAGCAAAAGCCACCAGAUGACUUUGAGAAAGGCAUUCGGUAUAUAUCUUAUGCGCUCAUCACUGUUAUGCUGAUAGCAUCUAUUAUUAUGGUCCUUGCUGAUUACGUCACAUCUCAUAACUUGAGUGAGAGUAUUAUUUUUGGGAUCUCGGUGGCAAGUGCACUUACUCCACAGAUGCUUCCUCUCAUUGUAAAUACUAGUCUUGCCAAAGGAGCACUUGCUAUGGCUAGAGACAGGUGUAUCCUCAAAAGCUUAACUGCCAUAAGAGACAUGGGAUCCAUGGAUAUUUUAUGCAUUGACAAGACUGGUACGCUUACCAUGAACCAUGCGAUCAUGGUGAAUCAUCUUGAUAGCUGGGGCUCACCCAAGGAAAAGGUUUUACAUUUUGGUUUCCUUAAUGCUUACUUCAAGGCUCAGCAGAAGUAUCCUCUGGAUGAUGCAAUUAUGUCAUAUGCAUAUACAAAUGGAUACAGGUUCCAGCCUUCCAGGUGGACAAAGAUAGAGGAGAUUGCUUUUGAUUUUACAAGAAGAAGAGUAUCUGUCAUUUUGGAAAAAGAACUGAAUGUCAAAGACAGGAGUAGCCAAAUCCUUAACAGAAUUGUGAUUACUAAAGGAGCACCAGAAGAAGUAAUAAACCUAUGCUCUUUUAUUGAGCACAUUGAUAGGGGUGAAAUUGGAACUCUCUCUGUAGAAGAGCACCUGAGAAUCCAAAAUAUCGUAGAAGAUUUAAGCAACAAUGGAUUGCGGGUUUUAGCAGUUGCAAUGAAAAGGCUAGAAAUGGAUAGAGGUAAUAGAAAGGCAGUGUAUGACAACAGCGUUGAAUGUAACAUGGUUUUCCUUGGUCUUAUAUCUUUCUUCGACCCACCUAAGGACACUGCUAAGCAAGCACUGUGGCGGCUGGCUGAUAAGGGAGUGCAAGCAAAAGUGUUAACAGGUGACUCACUCCACUUGGCAAUAAGGAUCUGCAAAGAAGUUGGCAUUGAGACGACGCACAUGGUUACUGGACCUGACCUCGAGUUACUGAACCACGAUUCCUUCCAUGAGACUGUCAAGAGAGCAACAGUGUUUGCCAGGCUUACACCUACUCUGAAACUCCGAGUAGUGCAGUCCUUGCAGACAGUGGGAAAACAUGUUGUAGGGUUUUUGGGAGAUGGGGUAAAUGACUCGCUUGCUCUGGAUGCUGCUAAUGUGGGGAUAUCAGUUGACUCAGGAACAUCGAUUGCAAAAGACCUUGCUGACAUUAUCUUACUGGAGAAAGACCUCAAUGUUCUCGUUGCUGGAGUAGAGCAUGGUCGACUUACAUUUGCAAACACAAUGAAGUAUAUCAAGAUGUCGGUCAUAGCCAAUAUAGGAAGCAUUCUUUCUUUACUCAUCGCGACUCUGGUUCUUGGAUUUGAGCCCUUGACACCAAGACAACUUCUUACACAGUACUUUUUGUACAAUUUUGGCCAGAUUGCAAUCCCAUGGGACAAUAUGAGAGAGGAUUAUGUGAAAACACCUCAGAAGUGGUCACUCAAAGGCUUAGCUGUAUUCACCUUGUGGAAUGCCCCAGUGUGCACUCUUGCUGAUGCGUCGUCCCUCCUGUUCAUUUGGUUUUACUACAAGCUUUAUGCUUCAACGCAAAUUUCAAUUUUCCGUUCUGCCUGGUUCGUCGAAGGGCUUCUGAUGCAAACCCUAAUUAUCCACAUGAUCCGGACCGAAAAGAUCCCCUUCAUUCAAGAGGUAGCCUCAUGGCCAGUGAUUUGUUCUACGGUCGUGAUCUCUGCCAUAGGAAUUUCAAUUCCAUACACACCAAUUGGGUCUGUACUGGGGUUUACGCCCUUGCCAUCUUCAUAUUUUGUCUUUUUGGUUGUGCUUUUCGUAGGCUAUUUUACAGUAGGGCAGCUAGUUAAGAGAUCUUAUAUUCUGGUGUACAAGACAUGGCUCUAGAUAAAGACCAAAAUCAUGAUGAGAAAAUGUUGGCAACAGUUACUGGAUAAUAAAACACAGGAAAAAAUUUCUUGUAUUUAUUGAGCGAAGCAUAAUGUAGCCUCAUUGUUUCACGGGAUCUCUCAGAUCCUGUGGAUACUCUCUGUACCAAGAACAUUAUUUUGUGCAUCACCUUCAGAUUUUCACCUCUGGGAGCAAUUAUUGAGUGGCAAGGAACCAAUGGCUGCAUUUCAAGCUUCUACCUUCAAUUUAUUGGGUGACUUUGACAAGAUCCAUCAGUGUAUGUGAAGAAAGAACCAGCUCCAGCUGCAUCAAUACAA